AUGAACUCAUCAGAUUUUAUGGAUUUCAAUUUUCAACUCAGCUUUGGAAAAAAUGUUGGCAACCAGAUCGAAGAAUCUAAAAAAAAAAAAGAAGAUAAUAAGGUUUUAGAGCAAAAAUUGACAAAAAUAAAAGUGUUUAAUAAAGAGAAGAAAAUUUAUAUUGAAAAAAAAGAUAGCAAGCGAAGGAAAUGCUCUGGUUGUUUUAAGCUGUCAAGCAUUGAAGAUGCUAUGCUGAAAGCAUUGAUUAAAUUAUAA